AUGUUGCUGUUCCAUCAUCAUCAUCGUCAUAGAAGAUCGCAUUCAAAACCAAGAACCAGGAAGCAAAUGGCUGCUUCAGGUGUCAGCUGCAUCUCUAAAACCGAAGAACUGCAAUAUCAAGGGAGUGACGGGCACUGUAGUCACCAUAUUCAUCAAAAUGGAAAUUUCUGGCUAACUUUACAAUUGUCGACGUUACCGUAUCCGCUCUAG